UCUUUAAAGUUACAAUUUCUUUCCUUUGCCGAUUCCGUGCUCUUUUUCGAGGAUCUAUAAUUUUUGGCAAGGUGGAGUUUCAGCAUCAUCUUACAAGUUAUAGAUUGUUAAUAUAUGCACCUUCUCUUCGGAGAAUCGCGGUUCUAUAUCGAAUUUGUGAUCAAGCCACUUUUUCUUUAAUAUAUUGCCUACAUUUCGAAGCUGAUUAAACUAUAAUUUUUGCGUAAAAGGAGGGAAACGUCUCGAAAUAAAAUGCACAUUCUCCAACGUGCGGCUGAAUCUGCGAGAGUGAAUAAAAGCGUAAAAUCGUUUAAAUGUAGCGGUUUCGUUGCCAUGUUUCGGUUUUAGUUCGGCGUUCUGUCUUUCUCGCUGACGAUGGCGCUUGAUGUGCGUUCACGGAUCCGACAGAAGACUAGUUUAUCCACCGAUAUUUGGAUCAAUAUUGCGUCAACGCGCGCUGUUGGCACACUUGUCGGGCAUUCCAGCUGAUUCCAACACACACAACACCCGCUAAUAAUUCCCUUCUCCCGAUUUUUCCACACAAAUGCGAUUAUCCUUUCCGCAAUUCGCUCCGCCAUGAAACGGGUCGCAAUGUGCUCAGAAAUAGUCUCAUAUGUGAAUGGUGCUUAAAACUCGUUAAAGACAUUUCUCUUCUCUCUUUCUCUCUCUCUCGCGAUCAUCAGACAGUGUCUGGAAGCUUGUGUGGUUAACUCGCAGAGCGUGUAAGCAUGGCGAUCGCAUCCUCGCUACGGAUAGACGAGCUCGUGCAAUCUGUCAGCCUGCACAAUCCACGCAAAUGGAUGUUUAACGGCUACAUCUUGCCCUUCGUGGUGCUGCAGUCCGUAUGGAUUUACUGUUGGAUUUUCGUUUACGGGGUCGAGGAGUACUACGAAGCGGGCUUGGCGGGCAUCGCGGCGAUCGCCGUGCUCCAGAUCUUUUUGUGCCUGUGCUGCCAGUGGUCGGUGCACAUUCACACGUUUCUGAAUUGCAGCUCGGAGAAAAAUCCGUACAAGGCCACGAUAGUAAAAGUAGUGCCUACUCCAAAUAACGGAUGGUCGGAGCUGAUCACACUACGCCACACGCGUCAACAGGAGCCUUGGUUUAUUUUUCAAAAAACCAAGUACUGUUGGAAUCCGGAAACAAAAUCGUUUAGCGAAUUGCAGUUCCCGGUCGAUUAUUCCGUGAAGUAUUACUGCGAGUGGAAGGGAUAUCUCGAUCAGAAGGAAGUCGAAGAGGCGGAAGAGAAAUAUGGCAAGAACAAAUUGGACAUCCAAUUGCCACAGUUCGGGGAACUCUUCAAGGAACGCGCGGUCGCUCCGUUUUUUGUCUUUCAAGUAUUUUGCGUGGUACUGUGGUGCUUGGACAAAUAUUGGUAUUACAGUAUAUUCACUCUGAUUAUGCUCGUCAUGUUCGAGUGUACGCUUGUGCAACAGCAAUUAAGAAACAUGGCGGAGAUACGCAAAAUGGGCAACAAACCAUACAUGAUAAUGGUAUAUAGAAACAGACGGUGGCGAUUGUUGUUCACAAACGAAUUGGUUCCUGGAGAUAUAGUUUCUAUUACGAGAUCUCAAAAUGAUAAUUUAGUGCCAUGCGAUAUGCUGCUUUUGCGAGGACCCUGCGUGGUCGACGAAAGCAUGUUGACAGGUGAAUCUGUACCACAAAUGAAAGAACCGAUUGAAGAUAUUGAUGGAAUUAGAACUGUAGAUAUCGAGGGAGGCGACAAGUUUCAUGUGCUGUUUGGUGGAACAAAAGUUGUACAACAUACGCCUCCUAGCAAAACUAGCCCUGGCCUUCGAGCAACCGAUAAUGGAUGCAUCGCCUAUGUAUUGCGUACCGGGUUUUCCACGUCACAGGGAAAACUGUUACGAACGAUACUGUUUGGCGUUAAGCGCGUCACCGCCAACAAUUUAGAAACCUUUUGCUUUAUUCUAUUCCUGCUCGUUUUCGCAAUAGCCGCUGCGGCGUACGUAUGGAUGAAAGGUAUCGAAGAUCCUACGAGAAACAAGUACAAGCUGUUUUUAGAGUGUACAUUGAUCUUGACCUCUGUCGUGCCACCUGAAUUACCUAUAGAGUUGUCGCUAGCUGUAAAUACGUCUCUCGUAGCCUUGUCCAGAUUAGGUGUGUUUUGCACGGAACCUUUUAGAAUUCCUUUUGCCGGCAAAGUCGAUAUUUGCUGUUUCGACAAGACUGGCACGCUUACCAGCGAUAAUUUGGUCGUUGAAGGUGUUGCGGGUAUCGACGAUAAACCGGAUGUGAUCCAGCUAUCCGAUGCGCCUUUGGAGACUGUUCAGGUGCUCGCUACGUGUCACUCCCUCGUUCAAUUAGACGAGGGUAUCGUUGGUGAUCCAUUGGAAAAAGCUACUUUCAAAGCCGUCAAGUGGAACCUCACGAAAAGUGAUUCUGUGAUUCCCAAAAAGGGUAAGACUCCGGCAUUGAAGAUUGUACAAAGAUAUCACUUCUCGUCGGCGUUGAAGAGAAUGUGCGUUGUAAUCGGAUUUAAUCUCGCCGGAGCUUCGGAAACUCAAUACAUGGUCACGGUAAAAGGCGCGCCGGAAACUCUAAAGGACAUGUUAACUUCUGUGCCGGAAAAUUACGACUCGAUUUACUUAUCUCUCUCGCGUCGCGGCGCACGAGUGCUCGCUUUGGGAUAUCGAAAGCUUCCCGGUGUCUUGUCAGCUCAAGACUUGAGAGAAUUAACUCGCGAAAAACUGGAGAGCAAUCUCAAAUUUGCCGGAUUUGUUAUCAUCAGCUGUCCCCUCAAACCGGACUCGAAAGCCGUCAUCAAAGAGAUCGUCGGUUCUUCGCACUCGGUCGUAAUGAUAACCGGUGACAAUCCGUUGACGGCCUGUCACGUGAGCCGUGAGUUACACUUCACGAAAAAGCCUCACACGCUCGUACUGACCGAAAACUAUGGCGAGUGGUCGUGGGAAAGCAUAGACAAGACGAUUCAGCUUCCUCUGAAUGAGAAAAACGUUGAGUCGCACAAAGAGAUCUGGAAGAAUCACGCGCUUUGCGUCACGGGCGAGGGUCUGUCGUAUUUGAAAGGAGAACAACCGGAGCUUCUUCGGAAGCUGUUGCCACACAUCGUAAUCUUUGCGCGGUGCGCACCGAAGCAGAAAGAGUUCAUUAUCAUAUCGUUGCAAUCUUUGGGCUACACAACGUUAAUGUGCGGCGACGGCACGAACGACGUCGGUGCUUUGAAACAUGCUCAAGUGGGUAUCGCGAUUCUUUCUAGUCCACCUGAAAAGGCGCUCUCUGACAAACGGGAGGAGGUGAAAAACGAUAUCGUUGCGCUGUCCACGAACAACGGGCCGAGAUUCAAUCCGAGAUUGCCGGACAAUACUCGUACGAAAUUGCAGAAGAUGCUGAAAGACCUUGAUAAAGAGUUGCACGAGGAUUUUACGGUUGUGAAACUCGGCGACGCUUCCAUCGCGGCACCGUUCACCAGCAAAAUGUCGUCCAUUCAAUGCAUAUGUCACGUGAUCAAACAAGGACGCUGCACCUUGGUCACCACGUUACAAAUGUUCAAAAUACUCGCGCUUAACGCGUUGAUACUCGCGUACGGCCAGUCGGUGCUGUAUCUGGACGGGAUCAAGUUCAGCGACGCGCAGGCGACAUUUCAGGGUAUUCUUCUGGCAAUGUGUUUCCUCUGCAUUUCGCGAUCGAAGCCACUGAAGACUCUCUCGCAGCAGCGACCGCUACCGAACAUCUUCAAUUUGUACACCAUCGCAACUGUGUUUAUGCAAUUCAUCGUACACUUUGCCUGUAUCAUUUAUCUGGUGAAAGAAGCCACUCUUCUGUCACCGAAGAACGAUAAGUUGGCGUCCAUCCUGAACACGUCUGACGCCGAUCCGUUGAGUGUGGACGAUGACAGUAAGGAAGAAGAACAACCGUUUGAACCCAAUUUAAUCAACAGUACUGUGUUUAUGAUUUCGACGUUCCUUCAAGUUUCUACUUUUGCUAUAAAUUAUCGAGGUCUGCCUUUUAUGGAGAGUUUAACUCAAAAUAAGGCUCUUUUAUUCAGUCUUACGAGCUGCGGUGCUGUUAUUCUAUUUCUUACCGGUGGACUGCUCCCGGAGGUGGCGAUGCACUUCGAGAUUGUAGACUUUCCAAGCGAAUUCCGUACGGUACUGGCUCAAAUACUAAUCGCGGAUUUAGUAUUCGCGUAUAUAGUCGAUAGAACCUGUUUAUGGCUCUUUGGCGAGGGGAAACAACACGAACUGUGAUGAAACCACUACUUUUCGUCGAUUACUAAGACUUUUGUACGUGACUUUUUGUUAUUGAUCUUGUUCCACGUUAAGAGGUGACAAUAUUUCUGUAUUUAAGAAACCACCAGUAGAAACGUUGCGCUCCGAAAAAUAAAUACGUACGAACGUUUAUCGAGUGUAUCAGGAUGUAUUGAAUAACCCUGAUGAUGAAACGAACUGAGAUAUAUAUGUAUCUUCACGAAAAAAAAACGUCGAUAACGACACACAAAAUCACAAUCCAAUUCGGCAAUCGUGCACAAGAAACAUGUAUUUGCAUUUUGUAUUUUAUUAUGUCAACAACAGAUUCCUCUUUGUUUCUUUUUUCUAUAUCAUGUUGUGUGUGCGUGUGUGUAUAUAUAUAUAUAUAUAAAUGUUAUGUACAAAUAUAUGUGCAUCUUAUUCAUUAUCUGUCUAAUUGUUUGCUCUUCGUUUCUUCUUCGUGGAACAAGAAGUAACACGCUCUCAUGAUCAUUACUUGUCGAUGAUAGCGUUACGAUACCACUGGUCUGCAAUUUUUGUUUGUCACUUUUUGAAUGAAGAGACGUGACUCUCAUAGAUUUUGAUGUGUGUACGCGCGCGCUGAAUUCGAAUCGAAAAUUUGCUUUAAUUUUUUCACAGUAUUUUCAAACGCGAAAUUCUGAGAUCCCGUUUGAAUUCUAACGCACAUCAAAAUCUACAAAAAUCAGCUUUCUUCGUUAAAGUGACGAAAAUUGUGUGCACGGCCGGUGUAAUUGUCAAGAUUACGUGAGAAACGGCUCAAAAACACGAAAACCAAAUUCAAAGGAAAAAAAAAUCAGCAAGAGCCAACGCGCAAAAAUUGUAAUAAUAAUUUCUUUAUUUAUUCAAAAUACACGACCGCGCAAAGAUUGAUGUAGUCUGUGCUCAAGUGAACCUUCUAUCAAUACUCUUGCGUUCUGAAAUUCUCGUCUUCAAGAGUCCAUUUCUUCUCUAUCCCACGUAAUACUCGACAGUUCGAAGAAGGAGACAAUAAUCAUCUUUCUAAUCUGCAUUCUUUUUUUUUUUUUAUUUGUUUAAAACUUAUCUUUCUUUGGAAUUGUGUCAAAGUCCAGAAAGAUAAUACAUGUGUUUUUUUAUAUUCAUGUAUACAGAAUGAACUGCAAUGAUGGAAAAGAUAAGCUCUUUUAAGGAGAAAACUAAAUGUUGAAAAUGUGGUCAAAAUAUAUAUAUAUAUACUUGAAGAAUAAAGAAGUUUGUUAUGUGAUUUGCGCGUACACAGACAUAUUGGCUGAGACUACUUUUUCCUUUCGAAUUCGGUUAGUAAGCACAGUAUUAUAAGCCCCUGUAUUGUGCGCGUCUCAUUGGUGUCCCUCUGAAUAAUUUUCAAGAAACACUUCGUUUCCCAAUAUAUUAGUGACAGAUUGCGAGAUUAAUGUGUGCACGAUAUGUUCCAAUCAAAAAAAAAAAAAAAAAAA